GUUUUGGAGAGCGCCAUCUUUGUAACGCCGUGUUGGAAACCAAGCGCUGAGCCUUUAUUUAGCGUUAUUAGCCUGCUGAUUGCUCUGCGUUUUAUGAUUGCAAGCUUUUUAGCACAACAAUGGGGGUGAAGGUGCAACGUCCUCGCUGCUUCUUUGACAUCAGCAUCGGAAACACGCUCGUUGGGCGUGUGGUGUUCGAACUUUUCUCUGAUGCCUGUCCCAAGACGUGUGAGAACUUUCGCUCUCUCUGCACAGGUGAGAAAGGGAUUGGGAAGACGACCCAGAAACCUUUGCACUAUAAAGGCUGUCUGAUCCACAGGAUAGUGAAGGACUUCAUGAUCCAAGGAGGAGAUUUUAGUGAAGGGAAUGGAAGAGGUGGUGAAUCCAUAUAUGGAGGAUUUUUUGAAGACGAGAGCUUCUCCAUGAAACAUACUAAGGAAUUCCUGCUGUCUAUGGCGAAUAGAGGCAAAGACACCAAUGGCUCGCAGUUCUUCAUAACUACAAAACCUACUCCUCAUCUGGAUGGAAUUCAUGUGGUGUUUGGUCAGGUGAUCUCGGGCCAGGAGGUGAUCCGGACCAUCGAGAGUCAGAAGACGGACACUAACAGCCGACCGUACGCUGAGGUCAAGGUGCUCAACUGCGGAGAGCUCAUCCCCAAAUCUAAAGCCAAAAAGGAGAAGAAGAAGAAACAGCAGUCAUCCAGCGAGAGCAGUGAGGACUCCUCGUCAUCCUCUGAGUCUUCUGACGAAUCCGAGGAGUCUGACAAGGAGGGCAAGAAGCACAAGAAAAAACAUAAGAAGGAGCAAAAGAAGAAGAAGAAGGAGCAGAAACACAAGAAGAAAAAGGACAAGGGGUCUGAUAAUGAAGAAGAAGCAGCUAAGGAUGAAGAGCCUCAGCAACCAGUUUCAUCUGUACGUCCAGAGGAAGUCCCGCCCAUUCCUGAGAACCGCUUCCUGAUGAGGCGCAGUCCACAGGCUCAGCCAAAAGAGCAGCAGACGAAGGAGAUGCAAAAGGAGAAUUCUGGGAAAGAGCGGCAAAGGGAGCGGGACCGGGAACGAGACAGGGAAAGAGACAGGGAGAGACCGAUGCAAAACUCGAGACCAAAUCGUACACGCCUGGUUAUGACCCGAUCUGGCCGGAGGAUAAAAGGAAGAGGACCCAGGCGCUAUCGGACUCCAUCACGUUCUCGCUCUCGUUCCUGGGAUCGUUUCCGGCGUAGCGAGACUCCUCCACACUGGAGAUUGGAAAUGCAGAGGACGCAGAAGGCCAAACCUAAUACACAGACCUCACAGGAGCGCUGGAUCAAGGGAGACAAAGGGGAUGCGUCUCAGGAAAAGAAUGAAAUCUCAGAGCAGCCAGAGAAAGAUAAAGCAGACACUAAUCAGCCGCGAGAGAGGAAGGAUUCUGAGCGAGGCGCCAAAAGAAACAAAUCAAGAAGCCCAGAUAAAGGAAGAGAGAAGAAGAGCGGCAGACAUCGCUCCCGGAGCCAGGACAGGGACAAACGGAAAAAAGCGGAUGAAGAGACAGACAAGAGAAGAGGCCGCAGUCGGAGCAAGAGCAAGGAGAGGAAAGGAGAGGAGGAUCAGAAACGCAGCAAAACAGAUGACAAACUGGGUCAGUCAAGCAGCAAAGACAAAAAGGACAAAGAUGCAAGAAAGGACAGAGAGGACAGCAAGAGCAAGGAGAGACCAAAACAGUCUGAGAGAGAUGUAAAGGACAAACGGGAUGAUGGCAAAAAAACAAGGAACGGAGAAACUCGUCGCGAAAGAUCAAGAAGCCGAGAACGUGACGUGAAGAGACGCUCCAGGUCCCGGUCCAGGUCCCGAUCUAGAUCAAGAGGGCGUGGCAAGCGAGAAAGAUCACGCAAUAGGGGCCAGGGAAAGAGACGAAGCAGCAGCCGGGACAGGAGGUCACGUCGAUCAAAAAGCAGAGAUCAAAGAGACCGAGGCAGAGAGCAUGUGCGGGACCGAGAGGAUGGAGACAAGAAGAAGGGUGAUGGUAAAUCUGAUGAAGCGAAGAGCAACGAGAGCAGAGCGAGAGACCAGAGCUCUAAAGAACGGUCUAGAGAGAAACGCCGCAGCAGAGAGAAAAGCGCCAAACGGAGACGUGAGAAAAGCAGGAGCAGCUCAGAGAGCGACGCGGGAAGACGCAAAAAACGAGAGAAGGGUGAGAGUCCCAAGACCAGAGAGCGAGCUAGAGACAAGUCACGCAGCCCCAAGAAGGAUCACAAGAAUGAGAAAAAGGACUCGAGCUCCAGCGACUCUGACUGAUCCUGCUCGUGACCUCCACGUCAUCCAAACACCUCAUCUCUACUUAUGAACUACUGGCGCACCGAUCUCACGUGUCCUCUCUCACUCGACCUCUAUGUACGAUCGCGAGGUUAGAGCUCAGAGCUCCGUCUGAGAUCAUUCUCAUCCGAGGCUGACUGUUUCAACUUGGCAGCUUAAUAAACGUGAAUUUCUCCUUACACCUGAUGUAGAUUAGCGGAGUGGCCAAGAUGUGUUUGAUUUCUGAUGCUUGCUUCUGUCAUUAAUGAGUAAUAACGAAUCAAAAGUUUAUCCCAUAGCUAGCAAGUGAACACUUUUAUUCUCUGGAUUCGUUUGCCUGGAAACUAAGUCUGCUUUAAAGUGGUACACACAAUGUAACACAGAAACGGUUUAAAAUUAUCAUGCUUUUCUAAGAACAUAUCCGAGGUAGCGAGAUGUGUUUUUGUGCCAUUAAUUAAACAUUUAGGAAGCUUUUCGCUGUGUUUCAACUGUUAGCUGAAGUGUUCUGUUCUGUUACCACAACAUUAACAUUUAGGGAUUUUGCAAACGCUCUUAUCCAGAUCACCUUCCAUAAGUAAGACUGUAAUGACUUUUCAAACCGCUCGUAGAUUACAUGUAAUGUUAAAGGCUGAGAUCCUUUAUUAACCCUUUUUUUUUUUUUUUUUUUUUUUUAAACCAUGAGCUCUUGUUGGCUUUGUGCUUCCUUAGUGAAAUAAUCAAGCUUUUGCGUAGCGCAGCAGGUGAUGGGAUCCAGAAUAAGUUGUGUGUAUUGUACAUACAUACAUACAGCUUCCAGGUCCAUCAAUGGAGCUGUGCGGCAUAACCUGAUCUUUUGUUUUUCAGUUUAAGUCAAUUCACUGUUUUAAAUUCUGCAGCCUUUUUUUUUAGUUACUUAAAACCAUUAAGUGCUCUAAAUUCCCUAAAAAAUAUAUGCGCCACGGCUUUUGCAAAAAAAAAUAAAAAAACGAACAAAAUAUGCUUGCAUUUUCUGCAAAAACACUUCAAAAAAAAAUAUAUAUAUAUAUACAUCCUAUAAUGUAUUUAAUAAUUCCAUAAUAGCAGUGCUUCUCAUUUUUUUUUUUUUUUUUUUUUUAUGGAAUGGUUGGUGUAAUACCGCCACCUAUUGGAUUGAAGUGUGAGGCAGCAGAUUGGUUGGAGUUAAGAUCACUUUGUGAGAAAUGGGACAUUUAAACCGUUAAAAGUUACACAGCAUUUCAGUGUAGUUUUUAAUGAUGCACACUGGAAUGUAGUAUAUAUUCAUAUACUAUAUAGAGUGAAAUAUAGUUGCGAGACAAAACAGAGAAUAAACAUAAUUGCUAUUGAAUUGAAUCAAAUCUAAAAAUCACAUUACUCCAAAAAUUUAUCACGAUUCUACUUCUGAUGCCCAGCUCUGUCCGUCACCCCACUGUAACUUACACUGGUUAUUGAAUGAAGGAUGAAAAACACUGCUCACUGCUAAAGUACUGAGCCUAUGUGUCUUCUGGGCAACUGUGAAUAUAAAGCUAAUUACCAGGACAUAAUAUCCUCUACUAAAACGUAUUAUAAAUGCCGUUUCCUGUUGUCUUAAAUGUUUAAUAAUGAAGCUGCACACUUUUCCAAUGACAGUUACUUUGAGGGUGUUCAAGUCGAUGUUCUUGAAUAAAUGAUUUGAAUUGCUCUUUAGUUUCGUUAUUGUCAAGUAAUUGUAAAGUGCAAACCUAAAGAAGCAAACAUCAGACCCAAACCCAUCCUGGCUAAUUUGACAUUUUAAGACAUUUUGUGCGUUUAAGAACAGUAGCUGUAUAUAUCUGGCAAACAUAUUUCUGAUUUGGAUUCACAUCAUCUCAAGUAGUUUAUCUCCAAUUUUUAUAUUUUGUUCCAAACGUCUCUCCUUGGACAAAGACGAGCAUCAUUUCAGUUCAGUUUCAAACAUGACUGAGUUCAUUUGAUAAGGCACACAGGUUGGCCUUUCAGAGGUAAGAAUUCACCUCUUAAAAAAUUAGUGUUGUGCACACAGAGCCUAAUUCAGAGACUGCUGGUUCUUAAAAAAAAAUACCUUGGUAGUCCUUUAUUCCCCCCCAUGCAGUUUGCAGGAGUUGUAUUUCACGCUGGAUCUUCCUUUAGUUAGUGUAAAAUGAAUGAAUGUGCUUUUCCUGGGGUCCUGCGUGACCUGUGUCACUGUUUUGCUCAGUGUUUAGUGUGACAUAGGAAGAGAGUUUUGAUCUUUUUGGAGUUUUAUAAAUGGGGGUUUUAUGUUUGUAAUACUGUCCACUUGAGUGUUCGUUCUGUUUGAAGAUUAAACCCGAUUCUGAAAACACCUUAAA